GUCCGCAAUGGCGGCCGAGCCUGAGGCCUUCCUGGUGCCGCCGCCUCCCUCGUCCUCCGCCGGCGGCGGAGCGCGGCGGGACGAGGAGGAGGAGGCCGAGCCCCCGCGGCCGCGCAACGGCUUCCGCUCGGCGGGAGGGGGCAAGCGGCGGAGCAGCUGCGGGGCCAAGCAGCCGGCGUGGAAGCGGCGGCGCCGGGCGGCCUCGGAGUGCGGCCCGGUGCUGCCGUCCGAGUUCCUGCUCGGGGGCAACAUCUUCGACCCGCUGAACCUCAACAGCCUCCUGGACGAGGAGGUGAGCCGCGCCCUGAACGCGCGCACCCCGCAGAGCUCCCCGCUGCCCGCCCGCGGCCGCGACCCGGUGGAGAUCCUGGUGCCCCGCGACAUCACCGACCCGCUGAGCCUCAACGCGCCGGGCGAGGGGCUGCGCUUGGCUUCCCCCGCCAAAUCCACCCGCCGGCGGCACCGCCACCGCGGCCAGCAGCGAGCCGCCACCGCCGCCAGCACCGCCGCCACCGCCAGCGAUGAGGCCGCCUGCCCGCACGCCCUCCCCGCCGCCAGCACGCCGCCGUGUGCCGCCGCCUGCCCCGGCCCCGGCCGGCACCGCAAGCGGCGACGGACUUGCAGUAAAUCGGAAGGGACGCGGCCGCCGCCGGAGAAGCCGAAACCUCCCGGGAAAACCCCCCCCCGGCGGCAGGCGCGCAAGUUCCAGUAUGGGAAUUACUGCAAAUACUACGGUUACCGGAACCCCGACUGCGAGGACGGGCGGCUCCGCGCCAUGCGGCCCGAGUGGUUCGCGGGCAAGGAGGUGUUGGACGUGGGGUGCAACGUGGGGCACCUCACCCUGAGCAUCGCCAAGCGCUGGGGGCCCGCCCGGGUGGUGGGGCUGGACAUUGACGGGGGGUUGAUCCGCUCGGCCCGGCAGAACAUCCGGCACUAUCUGUCGGAGGAGAUCCAGGCGGGGGCAGGAGGGGGGGACACGGCGGCGGCGGCAGCAGGAGGAGGAGGAGGAGGAGGGAGGAAGGGGUUUCCCGCCGCUCUGCUGGCGAGUCGGGGGCCCAUCGCUGCCCCCCGCCUGCCCCCCGACGGGCCCGGGGCCGCCGACUUCCCACACAACGUCGUCUUCGUCACGGGGAACUACGUUCCGGAGCGGGAGGAGGCGGUGGCCGCGCAGCGCCCCGAGUUCGACGUCGUGCUCUGCCUCUCCCUCACCAAGUGGGUGCAGCUCAACUGGGGCGACGAGGGGCUCAAGCGCCUCUUCCGCAGGGUUUACCGGCACCUGCGCCCCGGCGGGAUCCUGCUGCUCGAGCCCCAGCCCUGGGCCUCCUACCGCAAGCGCAAGGGCCUCACCGAGACAACGUACCGGAACUACCAGCGGAUCCGGCUGCGCCCGGAGCAGUUCCCGUCCUACCUGACCUCCCCCGAGGUGGGGUUCGACAGCUACGAGCUGCUGGGAACCCCCCAGCAUGCGGCCAAAGGCUUCCAGCGGCCCAUCUAUCUCUUCCACAAGGGACAAGGCAACGCCCACUGAGCCCCCCCGUGACCCACAAGUGUGGGGGGACCCCGACGCCACCAUGGGGGGGGGGUCACUCCUUCCCCCCCCGCCCCCAAAACCAGAUGCCAAAUGGGGGAGCCCAGCCCC